AUGGCUGGGUCUGCUGCACCCUUCUCGUCCCUCGCCGUGCUCCAGAACGCGCACGCCCCCGAGCAGCUCCUCACGCAGGGCGCCCCAACCUCGUCGGCGCAGGCGGGGCCGUCGUCCAACACCGCCACGGGGGGCCAGCCGGAGAAGAAGCGCAGGAGGAGGACUGCAGAGGACGGGAAACGCUACGCCUGCGACUUUGAAGGAUGCGGCAAGGCGUUCUCGCGGCCUGACCAUCUGAGUCGACACAAGCUCAACCACAACCCGAGCACGAUUUACCAAUGCCCAAAGACGUUCGUACGGAUGGACCUGCUCGUGCGGCAUACGGAGCGACAUGAGCGGAAGGAGCGAGGCGAGGAGGCGCCCGAUGCUGCUCGCAAGGCUGAGCGCAAGCGGGCGAAUUCGAUGGCAGGGCAGGGUCAGGCUGGGACGAGCAGUGCAGCGGCGAGCGGGCCGUCGAUGAAGAAGUAUGACAUCCCGGCGAUACCUGCUGGACCACCCUCGUCGGCCGCAGUUUACGCCGCAGACCAGACGCAGGCGCUCCAGCAGUCCAUCUUCAACGCCUUGCCUGGAGCCUCCGUCAACAUUCCUCCCAUGCACCCGUACGGCAUCAUGCACAACGGAGACCUCGGCGUCAACACCCCUUCCUCCGCGACCUACUCGACCUCGUUCUCGCCUCACGCCAUGUCCAACAACUCUGCCUCGCCAGCCGACAACGCCUUUUCUGCCCCUUCGACGGGGCAGACGUCGCUUCCCGGUCCUUCGCCUCCCGGCGUGUUUGCCAGUUCGUUGGUGAUCCCGACAGAUUUCGCUGGCCGAACGCCCGAGACGCAGAUGGUCGGCCUCCCUCCGCAUGCCGCCCAGCGCCCACCUACCGCGCCUCAUCCGGUCCCGCCACAGCCCGGCAUGUCGCUUGUGGACCAGGCACUUGCGAAUCAGGCUCUCUCCGCACAGCAACAUCCCCCUCCGCCUCAUCCGCCCCAUCCUCCUCCUCCGCACGUCAUGACGCACCAGUCUCCUUUUGCCUUCAACGCCAACCAGCCUCUCCAGCCUAUGCCGUCCCACCACGACUUUGAGGAACCGAUCAACUUCCUCACGACCAACUACGGCGCGCCCUUCGCCUCGAACAACGACUUCCUCUGGCUGUUCGACCCGGCACAGAGCGCCGACGUUCACUUUGCGGCGAGUCGACCUGCGAGUCCGAGUGCGGGCGGUCACGACUUUCUCGCUGGACUGGGAGGGUUCGGGAUGCCUGGCGGACAUCUGGGCGGGACGCAGACUCCCGCACGCUUAGCGGCCGUCGCGAACGCGCUCAGUGGACACGUCGGGAUCAGCAACCAGCUCGAUAAGGUUUCGCAGCAGCUCGAGGCCACGGAGAAGCAGCAGCAGGCUCAGCAGCAGCAACAGGCGCAGCAACAUGCGCUUGAUCUGCUGGGCUUGCAGGGACAGACGCCGAUGAGUCCUGUCAAGCUGGAGACGGUCAAGGAGGAGGAUACGCCGCCGACGUCGAUGCACGACUCGGUGGAUGCGAUCCCGAAUGGCUACCACGACUCGAACGACGUCGUGCCCGAUCCGGGCGACCAGACAACGUUUGUCGACGACAUGACUCGGCAACGAGUGCUCGACUACCUCGGCCCGGAAUGGGGACACUUGCGAGACGACCCUCGACUCGGCGUCCAGCAGAUGGCGCACUACCUCGCCUUGUUCUGGGUCAAGGUGCACGAGACGCAAGCUCCGGCCGUCCACCGCGCUUCUUUCCGGCCCAACUCGGCGCCGACACCGCUGCUUCUUGCGAUGAUGCUCCUCGGCUCGUACUUCGCCCCGCCCGAAUCGUACCAGCUGGCUGUGCAGCUGCAUCCGUGGUUCCGCGGCAAGGUUCUCUGCUCUCCCGACUUCCGCCCUCGCUCCGAAACCUGGCUCAUCCAGACGAUGCUCCUCAUCGUCGUCUUCGGCAAGCUCUGCAGCACCCGCAUGGACCACGAGAUGUCGCACAUCUUCCAAUCGUCGUUUGUUCAGCUCGGUCGUCGAAGCGGUUUGUUCUCGCAGAAGACGGUCGAGCUGCCGGCCGAGAAGCGCGACGAUGUCGAGGCGCAGUGGCACGCUUGGAUCGAGGAGGAGGUUGCGAAGCGGCUGGCGCAGAUCGUCUUUGCCAUCGACGUCGAGCAUGCCGCCUUCUUCCGCCACACGCACACCCUCUCCGCCUUCCAGAUCCAGCUCCCCCUCCCCUGCGACGAAGACCAGUGGGAGGCCCCGAACGCGCAAGAAUGGAAGCGCCUGCACGACCGCCAACGCCCGCCGAUCCAGUUCAUCUCGGCGCUCAAGGCGAGCUUGACGGCUGUCAGCGAGACGACGCAAUUGAACCCGUUCUCGAGGAUUGCGGUGUUGCAUGGGCUGCUGAGCGUCGCGCAGGACCUGCAUUGGCGCGACCGUGUCCUCGGCUUCUCGUCGCCCGAGCGGCAGUCGCACAACUGGCGCGACAUGAUCUCGUCCGCUUACAACGCCUGGAAGCAGCGCCUCGACGAAGCCCUCACGCACGCCUCUCCCGCUACAACGCAGCUCCUCCGCGCGAGCAUCAGUCUCUACGCGACCGCCCAAAUCACCUUCAGCAUCGACAUCCACGAGUUGCAGAUCUACGCUGGCGCCGAAACGGCCCUCGGAUUGAUCGUCUCGCCGCAGGUGUUCCAUGCGACCGAGCAGCGCAUCAGGAUGUGGUCUGGCUCGAGGGAGGGGAGGGCGUCGACGUGGCAUGCUGUGCACUUCUUGCGCAGUUGCUUGCAGCAUUGGAGGCAGUCGACGGCGGACUUGGCGGGAUGCUUGCACCACCGCUGGACGGUGUACAUCGCUUUCCUGACCGUCUUCGCCUUCGGACGCUCCACGAGCGGCCAUCCCGCCACGCCCUCGUCGCCGUACCAAGACGCGGCAAUGCGCUACCUCGACACGAUGUGCACGGCCUCGCCCGAUGGACUCCUCGCCGUCAGCGGGAAGCAGAACUGCCUCGACCUGUGCUUGAUGGUCCAGGACUACAUCAAGGAUACGCGGUGGGAGCUCGUUCAAGACGCCGCCCACAUCCUCCAGAAUCUGGUCAAGCAGAACCCGGCCACCCCGUCCUUCUAA